AUGUUCUGCGAUGAAAGUUUUGUCCUUGAAACUUUCAUCCGUGAAGACAACGACCUUCAGAGGAGGGAUCGAUUUGUUGUGAUCUAUGAUACAGUCCCAGAGCUGGGCUCACAUUGUCUUGGCGUUGUCUAUGGCCAGAAGCUCUACCGCGCCGCAUUCCCCAUGACCCUUGAAAAUCUGGACAGCGUAGAACCUGUCGAGGAUCAUGAGAAUAUGUGGUUCCCGUUGGAGACUAUUCUAACCAACUGGAUAUAUAUGUUUCAUAUUGGCAAAAUUACUGCUGGUCCAUGGGGAGAUGAAGAUUUCGACCACGUGGCAAUGUACAGAUCGGAGAUUGGAAUAUGGUUCUGUCAUCCCUACCGCCCUGCUCAAGUCGACAACACCGUUGCUGCUAUGGAUCGCUACUCAGCGGCAAUCGAAUCUCGGAUGACCCCCUAG